AUGUCGUCGUCCAACGCUUCACACGCUCCCUUCCCAGACGUCACCGGUCUCAGGACAUCCGGUCCCGACUUUUCUCGUGUCGGCUCACAAUGCCAGUUCGUUCACGUGCAAGAAGCCCUUCGUCUCGACUCGGACGCAGUCUCGGCCUUCUCCAACGGCGACCUCAAUCUCGCUGUGCUGUCAGCAUGGUCCGUCAUCCUCUUUCACUACGGCUCUCACGAAGCGACCAACGUAGAGGUGCUCCACACAUCACAAGCAGGCCAUGAGACCAUCCUCCAACUCGACUUUGCAGUGCAACGCGAGCUCGACGCCUUUCCGCCAGCCGAGGUCGCCGCCGUCGUCGACUCCGCUAGGUCACAGCAGCUCAAGCAAGAGAAUCUCGAUCAUGGCUAUGCUGCCUUCUUCCAGUCGCACAACCAAGAUGCUCCAUCAUCUCACUUCGACAAGCUGCAGAUCGACUCGAGACCCGAGAUCUCACUCGCACUCUCCUAUCGCCUCCAAGAGUCCAAUCAUCUCCUUCUCGAGAUGAAAGCCGCUCCUGCCGUUCACUCGGAGCAGUCGGCUCAGCUUCAGUUGCGUCAGGUGGCUGCCCUCCUCCAAUCGUAUCAAACCGACACCCAGAAGCAUGCCUUGUCCGUCGAACGCUUCGACUGGAAGCUCAGAGCCGCCGACAACACCACAUAUCACCAUCUCCCAGAUCCAGAUCAUCUCCAAGGACGAGACGCCGACCGUCUGGAGACCGAGUUCGAGUACUUUGCCGAGCACGAUCCCGACUCCCUCGCCCUCGACUUUCGCUUCGAUCUCAAGGACGAGCGUUCCACCAAAUGGACCUACGCCGAGAUGAACGAGCGGGCGGAAAAGGUCAAGAAUCUUCUCUGGAGCCACGGUAUCGGUUCGGCCAGCUCCGACUCGCAAUCCGACCACAUUGUAGCGCUCUAUCUCGAAAAGAGCCCAGAAACCUAUCUCUCCUUCAUCGGCGUGCUCAAAGCUGGAGCUGCCUGGUGCCCCAUCGACACGGACUGGCCUGCCUCGCGAAGACAGGCGCUUCUCGCCAAGUCCAACGCCAAGGUGGUCUUGACCCAUGACGACAAGAUCUCCAAGCAGCUGCAAGAAGAUUUGGAAAGCGAAGACGUCAAGAGCAAAGGUGGCAUGCACGCCAUCCGUCUCGAUCAGCUUGAUGAUGAAUUGCAACACGUUAAAGAUUCACCGCCGACCAAAGCCACGCGAUCGCGGUCAAUAGAGCAGUUAGCAUACAUGAUCUGGACCUCCGGCACAACAGGUCUUCCCAAAGGUGUCGGCAUCCAGCAUCUUGCCAUCAUUCAGGCUAUGCGAGCCCUUCGCCUCUACAUCCCCUAUGGCAAAGACAAGAUCGGCACCGAUCAGAUCCGCUAUCUUCAGUACUCGGCUUACAACUUUGAUCUCUCCAUCAUGGACUGCUUCUACACCUGGGGGCUUGGCGGCACAAUCUGCUCGUGUCCCCGUGGUGUACUUCUGCAAGACCUCGUCGACGUCGGCAACAGCAUCAAGCCCACUCACACCCUCCUCACCCCCGCUGUGAUGGCCAUGACCGAGCGCCAUCGUGUGCCCAGUCUCAAGGUGGUCAUCUCGGGCGGCGAAAAGCUGAGCCAAGUCGUCGCAGAUGAGUGGAGCAAGGAUUGCUGUCUCCUCAACCUCUACGGUCCCGCUGAGGCCACCCUCAUCGCUAUGAACCGCCGCGUGCCGUUUGGCGACCGGGUCAAGGCGCCCAACAUCGGUGUAGCGCUUCCCACUACCUCGUGUCACGCCCUUGACAAGUACGAUCGUGUCGUCAUCAAGGGCGCUGUCGGUGAACUCGUCCUGGGAGGACCGCAAUUGGCUCGAGGCUACGUGGGCGAUCCCGUCAAGACGGCCGACAAGUUCUUCCCACAUCCACAGCUCGGAAGAGUCUACCGCACCGGUGAUCUUGUCCGUCAGCUUGACAACCAAGAGUUUGAGUACCUUGGACGCAUCGAUGACCAAGUCAAGAUCAACGGCAUCCGCAUCGAGCUGCUCGAAAUCAAUGCCGCCAUCAAGAACAGUCACGACAAAAUCAAGGACUCCGAGACCAUGGCCUUCCCCAAGAAGGACAACGAGAGCGAACAGCAGAUCAUCAAUUUUUCCGCGUUGCCUGGUGGCCAAGCUGGAGAGCUGUUGAGGAUGGACGAAGAGGCCAUCAAGGUCGCCCGCGAGCUGCAGAGCAACGCCAAAAACAACCUGCCCUCGUACAUGGUGCCCAACCUCUUUGUCAUUCUCUCGCACUUCCCUCGAACGUCGAGCGCCAAGAUCGAUCGUGUCGCGCUCAAGAACGUCCUCGCCGACUUCGAUCAGCUCGAAUGGGAGAACAAGCUCGCCAACGAGGGGGAUGACGAUGAAAUCGACUCCGCGACGGCCGAGGCGGAGGCUUGCCUGCGAAAGUGGCUCGCCAAGCUCUGCAACGUCGAUGCAAGCAAGAUUGGGCGCAAGACUCCCUUCACCAGCGUCGGUCUCGACUCUAUCCGCGCUAUGACGUUCUCGCAGCGCGUCUCGCAAGAAGGCUAUUCGGUUGGUGUUCUGGACGUUGCCCGCUACCCGACCCUCAAGUCGCUCGGAGAGCACCUUCAGAGCUCCAAGUCUGGUUCGGAUGAGCGAGCCAAGCAAGCGGCUGUCUUUCUCUCGGAAUGGGACGCCGCCUUCCGUCCGGCAGUGGUGUCUUGGCUCCAGCAGAGCCACGACGGCCCCAAGGAUGCCGAGAUUCAGUCGGUACUGCCCUGCACACCUCUGCAGGAGGGCAUGCUGGCCGAGUCGCAGCGGGACAGCUCGAGCUAUCGUCUUCAGCGUCAAUACCAGCUGCCAUCCGAUUGUGACCUGGAAAGCCUUUCCAAAGCUCUGGUCCAGACUGUCGACCGCUUCGACAGUCUGCGCACCUCCUUUGCCGACAUUGGCUCUCUCGACGUGGACACUCAGAAGCGCGAGUGGCCCUUCCAGCCGCACUUCCUGCAGAUCGUGUGGAAGUCUUUUGAUCCUCAGAUCAAGCACGUCGACAUCGCAGACGAUGCAGAUGCCGAGAGAGUCAUCCUCGAUACAGCAGAGAAAGAGCUGGCGCUGCAUCCCUUCGGCGCUCGCCCGCCAGUAGCCUUUAUGCUCGCCAAGCAGGGGACUCAGACUUCCUUGAUCGUGGUCGCCCACCACAGCACCUACGACGCCCGAUCUCUGGGUAUCUUUGAGGAUCAUGUCGAGGCCUUCUACGAAGGCCGGACCUCACCAGAGUCGCACCAGUUUUCGACCGCACUUGCGCAGAUCCUGCCCAUCGACCAAGAGGAGGCUCGCAGGCAUAGUGACAUCUGGGACCAGGCUCUGUCUUCCUACCCUAAAGGCGAAACUGCCUCGUUCCCGACGCUGACGCUCGCCAAGUCAUCGAAAGGCGAGGAACAAGCCAGCUUGCAUCAGUCCCGCUACGUCACCGCGAGUGUCAAGUGGACAGACGUCGAAGCGGUAUGCCGAGACCUUGGCGUCUCAGCUCGUCCUGUCGUCCAGACCGCGUGGGCCUGGGUGCUGUCCGCUUACCUCGAGUCGCAGCACCUCAUCCUCGGUGACUCCGUCUCUGGACGAACCCUCUCGGCGGAGCUUGACCAGGUGUACGGUCCCGUCCUGUCUACAGUACCGGUACCUUUCGUCCUGCGACCGACGCAGAAGCUGCGCGAUCUGAUCAAAGACACGGAUGCUUUCCACGCCUCCGUCAUGGAAGCGCAGCACACCGAUCUUGGAGCCAUCCGCCGUACACUCCAAGUGCCGCCGGGAGAGCAGCUCUUCCACUCCGUCUUUGUUCUCGAGCCCGCUCCUUCGCAGCCUGAGGAGGCCGACGCCAAGCACUUCCGCCUGUCCAAGCUCGCAGACUUGGGCGUGGCCACCGAACAUGUUCUCGGCGUCGAGGUGCUGCCCGCUUCCGAUGGGACCGUCAAGCUCGGACUGAGCUGGCAGAAGAGCGUCAUCAGCGAGGCUUUCGGCAGCCUGAUGCUCGAGCAGUUCAAUCGCAGUCUUUCAGCCCUCUGCUCCUCUUCCGAUGUCGAAGUCGCAGCCUUCCUCCGCGACGUGGCCCCCUCGGAGAAGCAAGGCUUGCCUCUGUUCUCCAUCACGAAGCCGGUCGUUCGAAGCCAGCAAGAAACUGCCUCUUUCAUCAGCGUUGCUCGCUCCCUGAACGCCGGAGCGCUGUCCGAGCACAGAUACGCCGUCGAGAUCUAUCAAGACCUAGAGGAGUCGCCUUCGGCUCGCAAAGCAGCCGCGACCAUCACGUAUGCAGAGCUCGACAAGGCAAGUUACGGUUUGGCCAGCCGACUCCGCUCUCUCCCGCGCAACUCCGUCGUCGGUGUCUGUCUCGAGCGCGGCCUAGACAGCUACAUCGCACCGCUGGCGAUCCUCAGAGCUGGUCAUGCGUACCUGCCCCUUGAUGCGACCCUCCCUCUUGACAGAAAGAAGGAGCUUCUCAAGGACAGUGGGGCUGCGCUCUUGAUCGCGUCGAGCAAAGAUAGCGACUUUGAUAGCUUGACAGAGGUGGAUCAGCUCGACGUCGAGUCGAAGGCGUACCGAGAUGCCCUCGCCGACUCCAGCGGUGUCGAUGACGUGGGCAUCCAAGCCGAUGAUGUCGCUUUCAUCAUCUAUACUUCGGGCUCCACCGGCAAACCGAAGGGCUGCCUUCUGACACAAGCCAACUUGGCUGCAGCAAUCGAAGGCUUCCACUUCACCUACGAACAGGAAGCACCUGGCUCCUUCAAGUCUCCAGCGCGCUUCCUUGCUCGUUCCGCCGAAGCGUUCGAUGUUCAUCUCCUCGAGAUCUUCCUCUCACUUCGAGUCGGCGCUACCAUUGUCACUGGGCCACGUGCUCUGAUUCACGAUGAUAUCGCCACGACCAUGUCUACGCUCGAAGUCACGCAUGCUUGUGUGGUGCCCUUUCUCUUCUUCAGCAAGGGAGAGCGAAUCAAGCCUAGUGCUGUGCCUUCACUGCGCGCGCUCAUCAUCGGCGGCGAAGCCCUGACGCAAGAUCUUUGCCAGCUGUGGGGCAGCGAAGGAGAAGAAAGGCCCGUCGUCUUCAAUGCUUACGGACCAAGUGAGGCUACCAUCGGCAACUCGAUCGCCCGAGUCGGCAAGCACUCUCGGCCCAGCAAUGUUGGUCGCCCCUUCCCUGGCACCCAAUAUCUCAUUCUCAAGGAGCUCAACGGCAGCCUGGUGCCAACCCUACGCGGAGAGCCUGGCGAGCUGUGCAUCGGAGGCGACCAGGUCGCAAAGGGCUAUUUGAACCAGCCCGAAUCGUCGUCCUUCGUUGAGUUCCAUGGGCAGCGAGUCUAUCGCACCGGAGACUUGGUCCGCUUGCAUCCGAGCGACGAAGUCGAGUAUUUGGGUCGUCUGGACGGCUCGCAGGUGAAAGUCCGGGGUGCCCGCCUCGAGCUCGGCGAGGUGGAUGCGGCGCUCUCUGCCUCUUUGAGGGAGGACCUGCAAGCUGCGGGCACUGCUGUCACCAUCUACUCGGACCAUCCCAAGAUCGAUGGCCCUGCACGACUGGUCUCUUUCAUCGCAUCCGAAAGCGCCAGGACCAAGCAAGACGAUUCGGCCGACCCCGCUGCGUUGCUCGAGCAGUCAGAAGAGGCGAGCAAACAGACACUGGAGCUCAGGAAGCGCGUCAGGGCAAAGCUGCCUCAGCACAUGGUGCCGUCGCUCGUGCUGCCGCUCAAAUACCUGCCCAUCUCUGCGCUGUCCGGCAAAGCGGAUCGACGUCUGCUCAAGAGCUUGUAUCAUGAAGUUGAUCCCGACCGCCUCUCCAAGCUUUCCGGCUCGAACCAGUCUCAGCAGAGAGAUCUCACCGGCAGCGAGCAAGCGGUGGCCGACCUCGUGCGCCAGUCUGUUCGUCUGGCCUCUGACAUCAAGCUCACUCACGAUCUUGAUCUCAUCAUGGCGGGACUCGACAGUCUGACUGUGGUCACACUGGCAAGCAAGCUGAGAAAGCAGGGCUUCGAGGCUUCCGUCUCGUCGAUCAUGAACGAACCCACCAUCGAAGCCAUCGCACGUCAACGCAAGGACGACCGGAACGCGUCUCCGGGCGUUAGCGAUGCUGAGUGGAAGAAGCAGCUCUCCGAUCUCACCGCCAAGGUAAAGGCGCUGCCGCAGUACAACAAGGUGUCUAUCGAGACCGCCCUGCCGUGCGUCCCGAUGCAGGUCGCCCUGGUCUCUCAGGCCAUCUCGGACGAUCGCGACACUCCUCGCUACAUCACCACCAUCACGAUCACUAUGACGAGUAGCGAGUAUGGGUUGGAGCAUAUCCGCGAUGCUUGGUUGACCACCUUGUCCAGGCACGCGAUCUACCGCACGGUCUUCACCGAGGUCGAAUGCACGCUUGUGCAAGUAGUGCUGGGCGCUGACGCCUUGGCCUCGACUUGGUCCGCGUCCUCGGAGGCCAUUCCCACAGCUGAGAAGCUGACCAACUACCAUGCUCAUACGGCAAAAGACAUCGCCAGCAACAUUGGCAGCGUGCCUGCACUGCGUCUCAAGUCAUGGCAGAUCAAAGAUGCAGCGCCCUCUCUCACGCUCACCUGCUCGCAUGCCAUAUACGACGGCGACUCCAUCCGCAUGCUUCUGAAGGAGGCGUCGGAUCGUCUCGGCGGCCAGGCUCAGGACGUACCUGCGUUUUCGUUUGCGGCUGCUACUCAGAACAUCGUCGGCGAGGCCAAGGAAGAGGAGGCCAAGAAGUUCUGGACCGAAACGCUCUCAGAGUUUUCGCUCACGCAAGUGCCCAACUUGACGGGCGUGCGUCCCGAACACAACGUCAGCCGCGGCGACGAGCUUACCGUGACCUCUCGGAGCUCAUUCUCUCACGUUAAGAAGGCGGCUCGCGCCAGCAAGGUGACCGUGCAGUCCAUCUUGGUCGCAGCAUUCGCGCACUUGCUUGGUCUGUACGUCGGAGACAGUGAGGUCACGCUUGGACUCGUUCUGUCCGGCCGGAGCAUUCCUGUGGACGGGAUCGAGUUGAUUCACGGCCCUUGUGUCACGACCGUUCCUCUUCGUUUGACCGACGCAAGAUCGACAGCAUCGGAGGACCUCUGCAAGAGAGCGCACCAAGCUGUCAAUGCCAUCCUACCGCAUCAGCACGUCUCGUUGCCUCAAUUGAUGCGCUGGCUUGACCUGACUCGAGCGCCAUUCGAGGCUCUCUUCUCGUACCUCGGCCAGACGACAUCUUCGGAGAAGCAGGGCCUCUUCAUCGAAGGGAGCACUCAGAUGGAAAGGGAUUAUCCCAUGGCGCUCGAGGUGAGCGCAAUUGGAGAGAAGGUGCAGCUCCAUCUCGCCUUUGACACCCGCUACAUCCCUGUCGAACAGGCCAAGCUGAUGCUUGCGCAGUACGACAGCAUCCUGGCUACCUUCGCGGGAGUGGAGGAAGCCAAGCAGCUCAACGCCGGCAAUCUGUCCAUCCUCAACAAGGACUGCUACGUUCCGACAAGCUCGAGCGAGACCAUGGUGGCUCGAUUUAGCCGACAUGUGCGAAACGAUACCGACGCAGUUGCUGUCGCUUUCGCCUCAUCGAUGCAGGAGCCGCCGAAGCUCACCUCGUACUCCGAGCUUGACUCGCUCAGCACGACCAUCGCUCGGCACCUCGUCGACAAGACCAGCCGCUUUGUCGGUGUCCAUCUCAACAAGGAUGGUGCUGAACUCUAUGCUACGAUUCUUGCCAUCUGGAAGGCAGGCAAAGCGUACCUGCCACUGGACCCGACCCUGCCGGCGGAGCGUCUUUCGUACAUGAUCGAAUCGGUCGGCGACUGCCCGGUCAUUGCGAGUCAAUCCACGAAGAAGAACCUGGCUGGCUUCAAAUGCGAGGUACUCGAUCUUGCGCAGCUUGGUGAACCAUGCUCCGACCGUCGGGAGCUCCCGGCGCCGGACCUCGACGCACCUUGCUAUCUGCUCUUCACUUCCGGUUCCACAGGCAAGCCGAAAGCUGUACAGAUCAACCAACGUGCGCUGGCCAGCGCGUUAUACUCGUGGGAGCGCAUCCUGCCCUUCACUCGCACGUCUCGGUUCUUGCAGCUCGCUUCCAUCGGAUUCGAUGUGUGCUUGAUUGAGAUGUGUAUGCCUCUGUCGCUCGGGUUCUCGAUCGGUACUGCACCCAAGCAGGAGCUCCUAGAGGAUUUGACUGCUUCGAUCGAGCACCUCGGCAUCACCAUCGCCGAUCUGCCAGCUGCGCUUGCCGGCACUGUGCACCCAGAGGAAGUAAAGCUCGAGUGGCUGAUGAGCGGAGGCGACAUCAUCGACUCGCGUGUCGUUGACGAAUGGAAUCAGGCCGAGCGUCUCUUGAUCAAUGCCUGGGGACCCACGGAAGCCACCAUCGGCAACACGCUGGGACAAGUCAAGUCAGGAGCAACUCGCAACUUGAUCGGUCGCGUCUAUCCCACCUCCUCGAUGUUCGUGCUCGAAGAAGGAUCGACUCGCGUCCUGCCUUCCGGAGCUAUCGGCGAGCUUGUCGUUGGCGGUCCUCAGCUGGCUGACUGCUACUAUGGCCGCGAGGAGCUGACUGCUGAAAAGUUCGUCCACAUGGAGGACGGCACUAGAGUCUAUCGCACCGGCGAUCUGGGUCGUUUCCUGCACGAUGGAAGCGUCGAAUGCCUCGGCCGCAUCGGUUCUGAUCGACAGGUCAAGGUCAACGGGCAGCGCAUGGAGCUCGACGAAGUCACCGCUGUGCUGUCUGAUCAGGCCGGCGUGCGCGACGCUGACGUCCAGUACCUCAAACAUCCUUCCAUGGGAACGAAGCAGCUCGUUGCUUUCGUCGCUGCCGCUGAUGGCGUCUCCACCAGUGGUGACCUCGGUGUCCGCGAAGACGACAAGGCCAUCGAGCUCUGCAUCCGACUGGAGCAAGAAGCGGCCAAGCGUCUGGCAGCCUACAUGGUCCCCACUCACUGGAUAGCGACCAGCCGUGGUCUGCCACUGACGCACAACAACAAGACGGAUCACAAGGCUUUGGCUGCGUUCUACGAGCACGUCGACGCCUCUCUGCUCCGCUCGCUCGGCGCGAAACGCGAGGGUGCCGUCUCGAACCAGGCCUGGUCCGCGUCGGAGCAAAAGCUUCGCGAGACGGUGGCCGAGUUCAGCGGUGUCUCUGAAGACGAGAUCGGCAGAACGACCUCUUUCCAUCGCCUUGGCAUCGAUUCGAUUUCUGCCAUCCGUCUCGUCAAGGAGCUUCGCGCUGCUGGCUACGCGUUCACCGUCGCUGACGUGCUCAGCACUCCCAACAUUGCUGCUCUCGCUGAGAAGCAAACGCAGUCAUCGGAGGGUCCAUCUGAGCCUCGCCAGCACAGCAAAAAGCUGCAGGAGUGGGUCAAGCGAACCAGCACGGUAGCACACAAGGAAGGCUGGCAGCUGUCUGCCAAGGACGCUACUGUGUCGAUCUUGCCGUGCACGCCUCUGCAAUCCGGUAUGAUCGCGCAGUCGCUUGCUUCGGCUGGCGGUCUGUACUUCCAUCAUCACACGUUCGAGCUCGUCGACGUCACACCCAAGCAGAUCAUCGCAGCUUGGCAUCAGCUUGUCGACCGGCUCGACAUUCUAAGGAUGACCUUCCACCCGGUCGAAGGUGCACAUGCCUGGGCUCAGGCGGUGCACUCCGAGGCGCAGGCUCGCAUCGUCGAGCACUCUGGCAGCUUCACGAAUGGCGUUCUGAACAAGCUGGACGGUCAGCCCUCUUUCGAAGAUGAAGACGCUUUCCGAACCGCUCCGCAUGCCCUUCACCUGUGGUCCGAUAAGGGCUCCGACGGCCGAGUGACUAUCAUGCUGAGCGUUCAUCACGCUUUGUAUGAUGGUAGCUCGCUUCCUCAGCUGCUCGAGGACUUUGAAGCCUUGAUCGUCGGCGAUGAAGGGCGUCUGCCUGCUCGCCUACCUUUCCACGAGCUCGUGCCGUCGCUGUUGUCCCAAGACGAAGACGUGCACCACUGGCAGAGCGCUUUGCGAGGCUUCCAACCGACGCCACUCGCGGCCAGCUCAGAGCGCAGCCAAGCCUUCCUCGUCGAGAGGCAGCUUGCUCUGACAUCGCAAGAGCUCGAGUCGCGCUGUCGUGACAUUGGCGUCUCGCCUCAAGUGCUUUGUAACCUCGCCUUUGGCAAGCUCUUGGCGAUCGAAAGCCAGACAAGAGACGUUUGCUUUGGCCAGCUCUUUGGACUACUGGAUCUGAUGCCAGAGGCAGAUACCGCUGUCGGACCCGCCUUCAACACGGUCGCCACUCGUGUCCGAUUCGACCAUCUUGAUCAGCCUGUCAAGGAGGUCGCCGCAGCCUUGCAAGCCGCCAACGAUGCCGGCAGGCCGCAUCGACGAGCGGCUCUUCGAGAUGUCCAGGCAAAGCUUGGCCGCGGACAGCUCUUCGACGCGCUCUUUGACUACCAGAGAGCGUACGACGAGCAGGAGGAUCGCAAGCUACGUGCCCUCGAGCUGUCGAAUGACACCGCCGAGCGAGCUCAGUACACGCUCAACGUGGCAUUCGUGCAGGGUCCGAGCAAGAUGUCGAUCGUGGCGAAGGCAGACGGCAGCCGCUACGACCAAAUGGCACUUGACGCUCUCGUCGAUCGUCUUGACGCGCUGAUGCAGCACCUCUCGAGCCAUGUCGAAAGUCCGAUCUCGAAGCUGCCGGAUAUGUUGGGCGACGCGGCCUUCCCGCAGCAUCUGCCUGAAGGGUCGCACGCCAACGGCUCUCACGAUCUACGCGGCUCCUCGGUGGAUCAGGCAGAGGCGGCUCUAAGUGAAGACGGACGUACGCUGGCCGAGAUCAUCGGCAAAGUCGCCGGUGUCGAUCACACGGAGCUGCAAGGCAACACACGGCUGUCGCAGCUUGGCAUCGAUUCGAUCUCUGCGAUUCGAAUUGCAUCGCAAGCUCGGAAGGCUGGCAUCAAGCUGCGAAUGGGAGAGAUCGUGGCUGGCGAGACGAUCAACGGCAUCCUAUCGAGCCAAUCCAAGGCGAACGGCGUCAAGACGAACGGUAGCGCAACCAGCAAUGGUCAUGCGAACGGCAACGGUUACAGCAAAUCCGCUUCCGCAGUCUCGCCCAAAGUGGCGCAGCACAUCGCAGCGGGCCUCGGCAUCGAAGCCGACCAGAUCCAAAGCGUUCUUCCGAUCCUCGCGGGCCAGAAGCUCUGGCUCGCCACGUGGUCAAAGUCUCAGCACGGACGAGGGGAAGGCGGCUUCAGCUUUGCCCACCGCCUUCCUGAUGCUUCGACGAACAAGGUCAAGGAGACGUGGCGCAGGAUACGACAGCUCCAGCCUAUUCUGCGAACAGCGUUCCUGCUCGGCGAAGAUGGUAGUGCUGCUCAGGUCGUUCUGAAGCCUGACUGGGUCUCUGAUGACUCGAGCUUUGUCGAGGAGCAGGUUCAAGACAGAUCCACGGAGCAGGCGACGAAGGAAGUCGUUGCACGUCGUGCUGCUGAAGGAUGGCCAGACCUCACGAGGCCUCCUGUCCAGCUGACCCUCGUUGGCGACGUCAUCGUCUUCUCGCUGCACCAUGUUCUGUAUGACGCCUUCUCGAUCGAGAUGCUGGUGCGCGACUUUGCGUCGCUCUACCGCGGUGGCGACUUGGUCAGCUCGAACGCCUGGGUGGAGGCUGUUGAGCACGUGGCAGAGGAGCAACAGCAUCUCAAAGCGGAUGCUGAGCAGUACUGGGCCCAGUCCCUGUCUGAAGCGGGUAGCGGGCUCCUGCAGGCUCGACCAGACGCCGACAUCGACAGUGAGGCAUUCCACGCCGAGCACAACGCCAUCUUCCUCUCGUCGACUGUGGACGCCAAGCUGCGCAAAGGCGGAUUGACACUCCCCGCCGUCGUCCUUGCUGCAUGGUCCACGCUGCUGUCCGAACGCGCUUCAUCGUCCUCCCCCGUGUUCGGGUUGUAUCAGCUCGGUCGCUCAUCAGACUUCGACUCGAUCGAGCGCGUGCAAGGGCCUCUGCUCAAUUGCUUGCCCAUGCAGCUGCCAGGCGACUCAAUGAAGGAGCGAGCCAGCUCGGCAGCGGAGCAGCUGAAACAGCGCGGCAGGUUCGACCAGACCGACUUGGUCGAUGCGCAUGGCUGGGCGGGGUUGACGAUGGACAAAGCGAGCUAUAAUACCGCUGUCAACAUCCUACUCUCCAGCGAGCACGAUGAGGAGGCGCCGGCACUGGAGCAGGUCAAACUCGACCACCCGCUCACCUACACACGUCGCGAAAAGCAGGACGACACUGCCGGCCGCAAGAAGGUCAAGGCGGUAGCGCAACACGGCGCGAUCUGGCAGCCAGACGUCAAUCUUGAUGUGGUGCUCGGCAAGGAGGACGGUAUGGAUGUCGCCAUUAAGGCUAAGACGGCAGUGAUUGGCGGGGAGGAGCUGCCACAGAUGAUUGGAAGGCUGGUCGGAUUGGUGAACGAGCUGCUUGGUCAGCUUUAG